AUAUACUACCCCCUACCCAUAGAGUGACACUGAAAUCUCCGGUCUGAAAUGACACAGGCAUGGUCCAGCUGUUGGGGCGGUGCGCUGUCCUACCUUGGCGGUUAGCCUAGCAUCAAGGCCAGCGCACACUGGAGGCUGAGUCCUCAUUGCCACAUUUUGCGUAACUUUUCAAGCUUCAAGAUCACAGCCAUGUUGAUCAUCAAUGAAGCGGACUCUAUCAUUCCUAAUAUUUUUCCAAACUAUCUCGUCUUUUUGAUCUUUCGUUAAUACCCACCGAGUCGUUUCAACAGAAGUACAAACCUCUUUGUCUAGAGACACGAGGACCCGUCAAGGUGUCAUUCGUUGACGAUGUCUUCCCUCGGCCUACGCCCGGCUGUGCCUGUUGCUGCACGGCAAACAAUGCAGUGCGCUUUUUCGGACCUUGAGAAGAUUCUUACACCCGAGGACUCCGAAAAGUAUCGAGAUUUCUCUCUAGAGCGUGUUCGACAAGAGGCAAUUAACAUCGAAAAUCAACUCGGGUCUCGAGGAUGGCUCCGCAAUAUGCGACGAUUGGAACCUCUCUUUACUGGGCUUGAGCAUUAUUCUAAGGUCGUGGACAUCAUUUGCAAUGGAACCCCAUACUUACCAUGGGUUUGGGCUCCCAUCACUCUGGUCUUGCGAAUCGCGUCUGAACACAUUGAAUCGUUCGACUCCAUCAUCGGAGCAUACAGCCGUAUUGGGAGCUCUUUACAACGAUUUGAGGUUAUUCAAAAGUCGUUUAUGGGCGACCCCAAGUUCCAUGAAACAACGGCCGCCGUCUAUGCGGAUAUCCUUGAAUUUCACAAGUACGCUUAUAAAUUCGUACGACGAAGCGGUUGGAAACUACUUUUUUCCACCUCGUGGGGAAGAUUCCAAAGACGGUUCGAUCAUCUGUUGAAAGACAUGAAAGAGCACAUCGACCUAGUUGACCGCCUAGCAAAUGCUAUUGACAUUGCGGAAGCACACCAGAUGCGUCAAGACGUCUAUUCAUGGAGAGAAGAAAGUCUGCAGAGGAUCAUCCUUGAGGAAAGGGAACAGUCGGCCAAGCAAUUCAGUGCAAUCCAGUCGUGGCUCCGGAUGAACGAAUGUGAUCAACUAGCUAUCUUUGAGUCCGUCGCAGGGCAAGGUUCCAAGUAUCCAGGAACCUGUGGGUGGAUCCUCAACCAUGCCAAGAUCAAGUCCUGGGUACAACGAUCAUCACAGACUCCGAUCCUUUGGCUAUCAGGCACCGCAGGUUCCGGAAAGAGCGUGUUGUCAUCUCAACUGAUCAAAUUCAUCAAAUCGCGAAAUGAUGUUGUACUCCACCAUUUCUGUACGAACACGUCUGUCGCAUCAUCCGAGUACGAUCAAGUUUUGAAGUCUAUGCUCGAGCAGUUACUACGCCAAGAUGGAGACUUCACAGCCAACGUGUACAAUGAGUACGUGCUCAAGAAGCAGGUGGCAUCGAUUCCAGCUCUUGAACAGUUGCUACAGACCCUUCUGGCCAACUCGGCCGGGCAACCGAGUCAAUGCAGCUACGUGUGGAUUGUUCUGGACGGCGUGGACGAGCUUCGUGAUCAUUCUCCGAACUCACAGGCUCGUCUGCUGAACUUCAUAAAGCAGAUUGUGUCAAAGACUUCUGCAUCGGAAAACGUCAUCUGCAAAGUAUUUAUUUCCAGCCGACCAACUACAACUGUAUCCCAUGUCCUUCGACACAAACCGUCAGUCUCGCUCACGAAAGAGAAGGAACACUUGGGUUCAGCAAUUCGGGAAUACGCAUUGCAGAGACUGAGAGCACUGGACACUCGAUUUCAACAACUGGGGUUGAGUGGUGUUGAGAUCGAUAGUAUGGGCGAACAGAUAUCACAGAAAUCAGACGGCAUGUUCCUCUACGCCCGGCUGGUUCUGGACUUCGUCAGUAGCAAUAUCUUUGUCCGCGGGGACGAAUUGAGGAAAUCGAUCAACGAGCUACCAAGGGAGCUUUCUUCAUUUUAUUCCAAACUCUUAUCCCAGAUUCUGGCGCCCCUUGACCAAAACUCGACGCGUCACAUCAAGUGCAUAUUCGGGUGGGUAGCAUACGCAAGGCGGCCAUUGCGCAGGUCUGAAUUAUUGUCGGCCGUCUGUUUUUCAUCUGGAGAUCCCGAAGUGGAGUAUCCCGCGCCCCAGUACAUUCUGGACGUCUGCCGCUCUCUAAUCGAUGAACGAAGCGACACAACGCUGACGUUCAUCCACGUCUCAGUGAAAGAAUUUCUGCAGAGCUCAUCGUCGAAUUUGGAGAUUUCUGAAGAGACCGCAGUCAAGCAACAUUGCACGGCCUCUGUUGCUUGUCUGUUGUCCAGUAUUAAGCUUCUCGCCCCGGACCGCCAAGAAAUAUUACGGGUGCUGGUCAGGGGCGUGUACGGGUUCCAACUUUAUGCAGCUGAAUACUGGACGGAAGAUCUUUUGGCCAUCGUUGACUGGAGUGGCGGUCUUGACAGGAGUUCAGCACUUUACAAUCUCCUCUGUAAAUUCUCGGCCGACAUGGAUGCUACUUUCGAGAACGACGGACAUGGAAUCAUCCCCGGCGAGCCAGCUCAGGACGAGAGAUUGAAUCACCUGAAAGACCAUCAACUCAUAUACAGACACGUCCGGGAGGCUCGAUGGGCCAGAUCUCUGAAGCAACUUGAGAAACGUCUCAAGUUCGAAAGCCCAUUACCGGACGCUACCCAGGAAGGUCCUGCCCCAGUCAUCGAGGGCGUAUCGGCCCUGCUCUCACAAUAUCAGAGGUUACUUCUCCAUGUAAUCAACGAGCCGGAUAUCCCAGGAGUAUCACCGCGAGAUGUCGAAACCUUCCGCAAUGAAUUCUGCACGUCUGCUCAUAGUUGCAGACUUGGCUCAUGCCCUCGUGCUACUGUGGGAUUUGAGACAGAGAGGCUUCGGAUCGAACACGAAAAGAGCCAUGUCCGCAGAUACCCAUGUACUCACCUAGGUUGCCAAUACCCGCCUUUCUUGACCCCAGGAUCCCUAAAGAAGCACAUUCGAAAAGAACAUGAGACAGUCAAACCACCUAAGUCGAUUCCUCGAGUAAAGGCGGCCGUCAACAAUCCUAUAAUGAAGACAAAUCACCUCACUAGAGAUGCCUUCGACGAUUCCCUCACCGAUUUCGAUUUCGAUUCGUUCUUGCAUGCCGAGGAUGAAAUUUUCGAUUUCGGGUCGUUUAUGCGCGGCACCGAGGACACCGGAUAUGAGAACAGCGGCCGUCCUUCCCGCAGCCACAGCCCAUCCUCGGUUAAUUUGCGUCACCAGUCCCGUCUGACACCACAGGAUUAUGUACAUCCAUAUCCGGAGCCUUCAGCUUCUACGCCUGAUGUGACGCCAGCUCGGCGAUCUGGUCAAGCCGUCCAGGACUAUCAACUGCAGUUGAUGAUGCAGGAGCAAAUGAAAAAGAAGCGACUAAUGAUGGAAAGGCAACAGCGGGAUGACAUAUCAAUCGGAGCGAAUGAAAACAAGGUCGAAGAAUUGCCAGUUCCUGACAAUAUGAACGUCUUGCACAAUGGGCAGCCUGUGUCCGAUGCGACGCCAUCUGAGAGGCCAUACAAGCCUCUUAUAGACAGGGAGACGAUGACAAUACUUAUGCAAAAGCAAAACGAAGGGCUUGCCCGUCAAUUUUCAAGUAAGAGCAGAACCGGAGAAUUGUCUGGCAGCACCAAUCCAGACAGAUCACCGUUCAAAAAAGGAAGCCCCCUCGAUCCUAGUUUCCAGACCACAUCCGCCUCGAAUCCCUUUUCGAAUCCCUUUCUCUCGAACAACCCCGCCCAACAACAAGAGUGGCAACGACAACGCCUCGAGGCAUUACAACAUGAACAGAGACAGAUGAUGGCGAGACAGAUGCAGGGGGGUAUCCUACGAGAGCAGGGUCCAAUGCAUCUAAACAACAUCACCCAGACCACUGGACCCGCGUAUAAUCACGACAAUGACCCGGCUAACGGCCAGUUCAUGCUUGCACAACCCGACGCUGACCACUGGGCCCCAUGGCCCUUGCCGCCCCAUGCCGCCCCAACGCACCCCGGGCUCCCCGCCUCCCGCAGUCGACGAUAGUGGGCGAAAUUGGAACGUACCCCCAAAUAUAAAUAUUGCUCAUCUGAUGGCGAUGCAGCGUGACUUUGAAGAAGAAGCGGAGUCAGCAAGCUGAGCAGGUGAGAUUCGCCUCGAUGCUAGGCACUGCAUUGGACUAGCAGGAACCCCAGGAAGAAUAAAAUGACAUUGCGAGAUGGGUGAUUUCUAAAGAACGUCUUGAGGGCUGUUUGUAGGCCCUAGGACGCACCUGCGGGAUCACUUCCGUUCUCUGGCCUCCCAGCAGUCACAACCGACUGUAGAUCUAGAGCGUUCAUGAGCAUCACGUCGACAAGUAAUCUUUGACCGUUCUGUCAUUAGCACCGUUAACUGGAAUGUCGCCCUCUAUUUUUAAAGGUGUAGUCUGUGUAGUUCAAACCUCGUUCAUAUAAUAAUCGUGACUUUUAUAAAUAGAAAAAAGCUAAAAAGCCUCACCUAUUAGUAUAAAAACCCCUCUUCACACACUUAAAAAAAUUAAAAUAUUAUAUUUAAUUUAAGAUAUUUAUCUUAAUUAAAUAUUAUAUAUAAUAAUAUAAACUCUCUUUAAUAUAAAGUUAAAA